AUGGCUUUGGCAAACUUCACGGUCCCCGUUGCCAAUGUGGAAAGUCCAGCUAUAGUUACGACUUCUUCAAUACCUCUGAGAGUAGACCUUGACGACUUAUUAUACUCUCCAGAGGAACAACAAGCAGAAUAUGCUUCGCAAUAUACUGGCAAUGAGCCGUUCCUACCGCCAUCAAAUCAGCAACAGAAAAGACCGAAAGUUCGAAAACGUGCUGGCACAGCUUACUUACCACCUCCUAAUCAAUUCACGCAAUACCCACGUCAAAAUGAGGUGCCAUUAAACCCUUUCAACAGCCCACUACAGGUGCCGUUAUAUCAGAACUCAAGGCUCGACGUACAAGGGCCCAACCAAAGGGUUCAAGGUGGUGGUCAAUAUGACAAUAAUGGUCAGUACAUCCAUGAUCCUACUGGCGAUUACGAUUACGAACAAAGAAGGAUAGGUAAAACUGGAACACAGAUUCCAACAUACCCGGGUUAUGCGGACUUACCAUAUCAACCAACCAAUAACCAGGGGCAAACAUCUAGUCGAUUCGAUGGAAACUCGAAUAAAAACUACAAUUUCGGUCCUGUGACAACUGCAGCGCCGUCAAUCUCACGGAAGCAAAAUGAGGCUGGGAAAAGGGUUAGUAAUAGUGGUAUUACUCCCCCGGAUACACCAAGAGGCUUUACCAAAGUUGAGACGGGGACAGGAGGCAAUACACAGCUUCACGCCGUCUUAGACUACGACGAUGAUGACUAUUACGAAGAUGAUAGCUCGGGUAAGGCAAUUAUUUCACAAUAUAAUAUAAUAUUAACAGUUAUUCACGGUUAA